AGACCUGAGAGAGAGAGUGAGAAAGAGAGACAGAGAGACAGAGAGAGAGAGAGACAGAGAGAGAAAGAGAGAUAGUGAGAGAGAGAGAGAGAGAGAAAGAGUGUGAGAGAGAGAGUGAGAGAGAGUGAGAGAGAGAGAGUGUGAGUGAGUGAGUGAGUGAGAGAGUGAGACAGAGAGAGAGAGAGAGAGAGAGAGAGAGAGAGGUGGAGAUGAUGGCGUCUCUGGCGGGCUCCACUGUCUCUGACAGGCGCGUUUAAUAACAACACGGAAACAUGACGAGACGGCGCUCGCGCAGGACGGCCGGCGGCGACACAGACAGACGGACCAAGCGCGCGACCACUCACUGACUGACACUGACGCGUCCAGGGGGUUUUAUUAUUUUUGGCGCGCGCGCGCGCGCCCGUGUGUGUGUGUGUCCAUCAUAAAUCCAUAUCGCCGACAGUAAUUGUGAGGCGCGGCGAAAACAUCACAGCGGGAAGGUCGGACGUUUCAUGUCAAGCUCGCGCGGCGGGUUCGGUGACCCCGCGCGACUUUCCAGGUUAGCUCGCGAGCCCUUUUUCCAGCAGAGCACAGCUCGCGCGAUUACCUUUUUUUUUUUUUUUUUUUUGCUUAAUUAAUUGAUUCACGGGCUCAUCGUGCGUGUGUCGCGCGCAUGUGUCCAGAGUUGCAUGCACGGAUUAGAGACAAAUCCUUACAUGCAUUCUAAAUGAUUCAGUUCAUAAUUGACUUGAUUUUUCUGUAAUCUGCAUGUAGAUGAUAAUGAUGCGUUAUGACGGAGUCUGUGAGCGGAGUGCACUACAAUAGGCUGUUGCAUAAGGAUGAAUGCAUUUGAUCAUGUGUGCCACUGCAUAGCUGAUUGCCUCAGUGCAGCUGCCUCAGUGCUGAAUGAUGCUGAUCGUUCAAACACCGUCCUGUCGCCAUGCACUCUGAGCGAGAUUAGCACUUUAGCUUCCUGAAGACUUUCAGGGCACAAGUGCACAACUUUGCUACAGUUUGCUGGUUUUUCUUGCUUUCAACAAAACUUCUGCAGAAUGGCCUCAGGUGCGCUCCAACUGAAAAACUACACACUUGUGGUUCUUGUGGUUCUCGUUUCCUGCAAGAUUGUGAGUUGUUUGAGGUCCUGUUUUUCCAACAGUGGGUUCAGAUCUGUGCUCUGAGUGUAACACAGUGUUCUCUAAGAACAAACCUCAGAAAGGAGAGUUCUGAAGACUAAAUAAAACGUUGUCUUCAAGUGUCUUUCAUCAAUAAUUGAUCUUUUCUCACAGCACUGCUGAAUCCUGGAUGGUGAUUGAUCAGAAGAGAAGGCGCUGAUUAAUUUUCUAGAACAGCAGCUCUGGCAGUAAUACAUCUGCAAAUCACAGGAUGGGUGUGGUCACUGAAGGAGAAGACGUUUUAGCACGAUGGAGCGACGGACUUUUAUACCUCGGCAAUGUCAAAAGAGUAGACGUCGUCAAACAGUGCUGUUUGGUCAGAUUUGAGGAUAAUUCUGAGUUCUGGGUCCUCAGGAAAGACAUUCAGUCGUUCUCAGCCAGUGGUGAGGAAGUGUGUUGUGUUUGUGAUGGUCCUCCUCUUAAAGAACCGCUCAUUAACUGUCUGAAAUGCCGCCACAGUUAUCACGCUCAGUGCCACACGCCGGCCGUGGACCCCGAGGUGGACACCGACUCGUGGGUCUGUCGCCAGUGCGUCUUUGCCGUCGCCACCAAGAGAGGCGGAGCCUUAAAACGCGGCCGCUUCGCUCGACUCAUGCAGCUGAUGAAGCUGAGGCUGCCGUAUCAGCUUUCCACUCUGGACUGGGACGCUCAGCACCUGACCAAUCAGCAGCAGUGUUACUGCUACUGUGCUGGACCAGGAGAGUGGAACCUGAAGAUGCUGCAGUGUGGUACCUGUGGCCAGUGGUUUCAUGAAGCCUGCACUCAGUGCCUGACCAAACCUCUGCUAUAUGGAGACAGGUUUUAUCACUUCCAGUGUUCAGUGUGUACGAAUGGACCUGAGACCAUUCAGAGACUCCCCAUGACCUGGGUAGAUUUGGCCCAUUUGGUGCUGUAUCAUCUGUCCCUGUGCUGCAAGAGGAAAUACUUCGAUUUCGAUCAUGAAAUCAUGGCCUUCACCAACGAGAACUGGGAUUCUCUGCUGUUAGGCACGUUAUCAGAUACGCCUAAGCAAGAUCGCUGCCACAAUCUGCUCAAUGCGUUAAAUUCCCACAAGGACAGGUUCGUCUCGGGGAAAGAGAUCAAGAAGAAAAAGUGUCUUUUUGGCCUUCAAGUGCGAGCUCCACCACCGCUGUCGUCCGAUUCCUCGCCCCUCAUCACCGAGCAGCCCAUCAGCAUCACACACCGCAAAAGCCCGCUGUCGCUGCCGUGCCAGAGACGAGUCGUGGGCUCUGAGUCUCGCAAAUCCAAGCGGCGCAUCGCUGAGACACUUCAGCAGCCGUGUCCACCUGCUAACCAGAUCAAUCUGGUGCCGUGUUGUCACGGGUGUGUGAACGGUGCGAGCGUCUACAACUCCCGGAAAUCCGAGGAGGAAUUAGCGCUGGGGACGCCUCCUAAGAGAAUGUUCCCUCUGUAUCACACGACGUAUAACGGAUCUCAGGGUCUUCCUCGGACUCUGCAUCACUACAGUGCCGAGGAUCCGUGUCGACUUCCUGCUCCGUGUCUCCCGUUCUCCAUGUCGUCCAGUCACCCACCAGGGCAGAGGUUCGAGCAAUGCCCGUCUCUGUUCCUGCACGAUGUCGCCCCCUACCCCAACGGAGUGAACUUGGAAGGGCACACGAUGCCCCGAGGCUGGGGUGGAGGAGAGGCGGUCAGGAUUCUGGCCAGACGUGUGACGCCAGACGGAAAGGUCCAGUACCUGGUGGAGUGGGGAAACGUCAGUGUUUAUUAAAAAGAAAAGAAACAAAACUGUUGACGUUACAGCAGAAAAAUGACACGAAUCCACACGGAGGCUCAGCUGCCACUUGACUUUGUGGGAUUAAACUGUUAGAAAUCAUCCCUCUGUCCUUUCCACGGCGUCUCCUGUACUUCAAAUACUGUUAGAAAACACCUUUAGAAUGCCUUGAACUUUACGAUCCGAUAUCCGAUUUGUAUCCUAUAUAAUAUAAUAGAUAUAUUCAUCUAAAUUCCAUGUCUGAGGUACGGGAUCGAGAUCGUUCUCAACAUCGGUAUCUGUAACGAGAUGAAGGAAAGAAGAAAGCCGUCCUGGAGUCACUUCUCAUCAGAAGCGUUGUAAUGAUUUACCUCUUAUUAUGCAAGUUUCAUUUAAUAUGAUGGCAGAUGAGGAGAGUUCAUGUAGAGCAUCUAGAAAUCAUCUGAAAUGUCCUGUAGCACUUCUCUUUUACUCGCUUUUGUAUUCAAAUCUAUUAUUUUGGUGUUAAAUAGUUAGUAGUUUAUAUGAGUGGAUUAUAUUAAUGACACACUUUUCUGUUUUAGGUCCAUUGUGAGAAAACAGCAGAUUGACAGGAAAUAAUCAGAAAUCUGAAACCGCUGAGGUUUAAAAGCCCAGUAACAACUCAGAACAAUUAAAAACAUUUUAAAGCAUUUAUUACAUGGAUUUUUAAAUAUUAUCCUCAUCUCAUAUGAAUUUGAAGGAUUUACGUAUUGAAUCAUUUAUUUAUUUGUCAUUUUCUGUACGUUUACUGUAUUGUAAUUAUACGUAGUGUUAAAUUUUUUAUUUUAGAUUUAUAUUUUUAUUUGAAGUUAAUCGUUUAUCUUAAAGUAUGUCAUCAUUUAAGUAGGUGAAUAUAUAUAUAUAUUUUUUAAGCUUAAUUUUACUGAUAACAAACUUGGUAAUUUUAGAAUUUUUUGUUUUUUACAUACAUUUUUUAUUUUUUUUAUUUUUUUGUGUAUCCUGCUGUAGCUCCUGGAGAAGAAAUGCUACAUGUCAGGAUAUUUCUCCAAAAAUGUUCCACACGUUAACUGAACUGGAUCAGGGACAUAAAACAUACAGAGAUAACCGAGAUAACUGACGUUAACGUGUUAAUGUGCACAGAUCGGUUCUAGCGACAGAAUAUUUCUCUCUGAAACGGAGAAAGAACAGAUUGUCAUUUUUUUGUCAGGUUUUUUUUGUUGCUUGUUUUUUUUUUUAUUGUAAUAGAUUCUGGACUUCACCUGUGAAGUGUUUAAAAGUCAUAGACAGAAAAAUCAAUUCAGGGUUAACUCAAGGGACAAAACUAGUGGACUGCACCUUUGUGUUUCUUCAUUUAGUUAUUUCUUCCUUUUUCUUCCUGAUGUGUUCAGUACUGUGUACAGAUUGAUGUAAUAAUGUAAUAAAAAGUUACUCAUCACAUCGUAGGAGGAACUGAAAUGAGUAGCUGAUCCUCAUCCACCUCCUCCAUUUGAGAUCUUUGUGAAACAAAACAGACGUGAAAAAUAAAAAAGGAUUAAAAAUA